AUGGCGCCCCCAACUGCUACCGAGACUGUUACUCACAGCAAACAAUCAUCUCAAACAGUCGGUGCCGAGAAAGCAACCGUCAAGAUGCAAAUGCCAACAAUGCCAGUUUUCGACGAUAAGAUGAAAGAGCGAGAAUACCUGAAAGGCCGCUUAGCCGCUGCAUUCCGAAUCUUCGGUGACAAGGGAUACGACGAGGGCAUGUGCGUAGCGGGACACAUCACAGUCCGAGAUCCAGUAGACCCAUCAACAUUCUGGGUCAAUCCAUUCGGCACCGCAUUCAAAUUAAUGAAAGCAUCGGACUUGAUUCAAGUCGACCACAGCGGAAAGGUGAUUGCAGGAGGCCCGAACCGGAUGCUCAAUGCCGCGGCCUUCAUGAUCCAUUCAGCCAUUCACGCCGCACGACCAGAUGUCAACUGCGCGGCGCAUAGUCAUAGUCUGCAUGGACGGGCGUUCUGCUCGCUGGGCCGACCGCUCGAUAUCAUCUCCCAGGAUUCCUGUGCGUUCCACAAUGAUCUCGCACUAUACGAUUCUUUCAAAGGCGUCGUGCUGGCCGAGGAAGAAGGACAGAAUAUCGCCACGGCGUUGGGGAAUAAGAAAGCGGCGCUUCUGCAGAACCACGGGCUCUUGACUGUUGGUGGAACAAUCGAAGAGACGGUCUUUUGGUUCGUGAGUCUGGAGAAAUGCUGCUACGCACAGCUCCUGGCCGAUGCGGCUGCUGCCGGGCGUGGUGGACAGACUGUCAAGAUUGAUGAAGCCGAUGCGGCAUUCACGUACAAGACGGUGGGAACUCCGAAGGCCGGAUGGUUCAGCGCAAAGCCUCUAUUUGAUGUGAUCCACGCAGAGACUCAGGGCGCCUAUUUGGAAUGA